CACGUGCUAGCAGCAGUCUGGCUGGACGCAUCGUUUGGCCAGACCUGUACUGUCAAAUCCGUAUUCAUUUACUCUGUCACAAUCAGCCAGCAGCACCACGCUGUCACGCUAUACUACUCGUCUAUACCACGUUGGAUGGUUUAUUUCCUUCGACUCCUAUACUGGUACCGAACCGUCUUUGUUGUUGCAAAUACCUGGGAACAUUUUCCCUGCCUUCGUCCUUCUGGAUUUUCUUGAUUCGUGGAUCGGCUCUCGAGCGAAGGAAGAGGCCACAACCAUGCGAAUUUUCAACAAAAAAGCUACUGUGAAGAUCUCUGACAGUGGAGCAUCAGAUAUGUCCUCGGCUGGAGCAGGGGUCAUUCAUCACAAGAAAUUCCGGCCAGCCGGAGGCAUCGCUCCCGCCAGCGCUAUGCCAGCUACCAAGAAGCGACGAGGCAACCUCCCCAAGGAGGCUGUCAACAUCCUGAAGCUGUGGCUGUAUGAGCAUCGCUACAAUGCCUACCCUAAUGACCAGGAGAAGAUGCACCUAGCCCGGGUGGCCAACCUGACCCUUCUGCAGGUCUGUAACUGGUUCAUCAAUGCCAGACGCAGGAUCCUCCCUGACAUGAUCCGACGGGAGGGCCGAGACCCGGACAAGUUCACCAUCAGUAGACGGUCUCCUGGGAAGCUGAACGGACAGGCGGAUGAGGAUGGGGUAGGUGCAGAGAUGCAAGGAAGUCCUGAGGAGGAGAAGGCACAUGCCAGAAUCAACUUGGAGGAAUCCAGACUCUCCGACAGCGGCAAUGAAGCUGACACGUCAUCCAUGAGUGCCAGUGGCUAUGACUCCCCUCCGUACGAGUCUGAUGGGUACUCAGAGGGAGCCCCCUCGCCCCGCCCUCCAUCAACCACCUACCAUCACGAUCACACCCAACGCACGGAAUUCUCCCAGAAUGACCUGAUGUGCAUGGAGCGGGAUGUCUCCAGCCCGUCUCUGAGUGAUGCAGGAUCAACGAGCGCAGGACGAGGCUGCAGUCCCUCGUUGACACAGCCAGGGCCGUACCGCAGCUCCCCGCUAACAAUGUUACCGUCCUCUGCUCUGAACUACCCGAGCACCUACCAGUAUGUCAGAGCACCUUUGGAGUUCAGCCUACCCCAUGGGGCUAGUUUCCCAGGCCUACCGCUUCCCCACCCCCAUUCCCAUCACCAACACACUGAGCUCUACCGUCACCUCAGUCAGUCAAAAGAUGGCAACAGACUACCCGUGCCAAACCACUCGCAUGUGCCUUCCCAGACGUCUUCGCAAACUCCCCCACCGUCACCUCCACGGGAUGAGUCCCCAUCCUUGCGACCGUCACCCGCGGCAACCAAGAUGGAGGCGGAUACAUUCAGCAGGUUUUACAUGCUGGUAGAUGCUGCCAUCUCGAGACGAGAGUGCGAACAACAGGUGCAUCAGCACCCCGGACAUUACGGACAACCUGUCGCUUGCUUGUAGCUGAUACUCAGCCAACUUGGGCUUAUUCUUAAUUGAGGCAGUUCUACACGCCGUAUCCAACAUUUCGUGGGCAGCUGUGUUACAGGACACUUGUUUCAGUCAUCUUGUGCCGACUUUAAACACAAACUGCAGUUUAAGAAACGAAACUCCGCCAAGAACUCCGCCAAGAACUAUGUCUCAACGGCAUCAUAAAAGACCCUCUGUAUAUAGCGUGCCUUCCUGAACAUUCCUUGUAGUCGUGAAUAUGUGACAGUCCAGCUGUUCAUCCACUGGCCUGAGAUUUCUGAUUUAUCAGAAUCGGGUAAAUUGGAGAAAAAAACAAAAACGAGGUGGGAAAAGGAUCAAAAUGUGGAUUGGCACUGUGCACCUUGAAAAGGACACAACAAACAAAAGAAAUGCAUGCCAACACUUCUCAGUCAGAAUGUACAUGUAUCUGUUUGGCCUCUACUGAAGUGCCUCUUAAAUUUAUUCCUCAUGCUCAGAACAAUUCUCUAGAUAUUGAAAAUGGAUGAAUUUGGAUCCAAAAGAUUGUAUUUUGCAGGAUAAGUGAUUGGGAUUAACUUGAAUAUUGUGUAGUGAAAUGGAGGUAUGGCAGCAUGCCAAAUUUCAAGGCUUGCAUGGCACUACUUUAAUUCCCGGCCACAGGUGGUGUAGUAGAGGCCAUAUUGGUCUUGUACCCUGACGGUGAGGUAGUGCCAUACUACUGGUUAUUGUAUUCGAUGGACUUUGUACCAGACCAUAAGACUCGUUGUGGUGCCUUUAUCCUCGUACCCAAGUUUGCAAAUGCGUCAGCUUAUAAAGGAACAUGGUGUUGAAAAAAGUGUGAUGGAAAUGGAAUCGUUCCCAGAAACUAAUGUGAGCAAUCAAAGAUGUAAACGUUCCAAAGCUUCGUUGGGGAAAAAUUGAUUUGGUUUGAUUUGAAAGAAAGAAAACCAAAAAGGUGGUUAACUUGUUUCAGUCUAAAGAUUCCAAUCUUUUAAUGGGAGCUUCGAGCAAAUACACUGGGAUUUCGUGGGUUUUUUUGUUGUAUUUAUACAAACAUUUGAUACUUUUGCAGAAGUGAGUUUUUGUUUUUGUAAAGUUCGUGUGAUAGCAAUAAAAUGAGAAAAUUGUUUGAUGAGAAAGUGAAUAAAUUUAGCCUAUUCUUCGUUGUGGGAAAAAUCUCGAAAAUUUUAUUUCUAAAUUAACUGGGACGAUGUAAGUCAGGUUUUCCUUCGUAAAAUGAAAUUUUGCGUAUUUUGCCUAACAGCACUUGUGUAUCUUAUUUUCCUUCUCUUUUGCCUUUUUUUGUGUCUUCAUUUUACUGUUUUUGUGAUUUAGAAAUUAUUUUUAGUUCUAGAAGGAUGAUUUUUUUUUGUGAAGAUAGUAAACGAAUACAAUGUAUGUAGAAUCUUUGUUAUCGUCUUUCUGUUUGCAAUUUCUAUUGGAUUUAGAAAUAAACGAUUAUGUAUAUGUACAUCAAA